AUGGGUAAUAAGAACAAUAAACAAAUCGAAAAUAAUUCACCAUCUCCAUCAACCAAUUCUUCACUUUCUCGUCGUCUCUUGAAUAACGAAUCAAUCGAUCAAUUUAUAUUGAUCUGGUUAGAUCAUAAUGCAUUAGAAAAUUCUCUUGAUUCUUUACGUACAAAAACAUUAAUUCGUGAAUUAAAUAAUAAUCAUUGUUUAUUCUUUAAUGAUGUUAAUUUAUUUUUAGUCGAGAUAGAAAGACUGAGAAAUAAUGAUAAACAAAUCCUACUUAUAGUAUCUGGAAAAUUUGCUGAUAAAAUUCCAUUACACAACAUCGAUAUUAUUGCAACAAUAAUAAUAUUUUGUGGAAAUUCUAAUAGAUACAAACAUUUAAAGGAAACUAAUCGAAAAAUAAUUGAUAUUUGUACUGAACAUGAAACAUUAAAAAAUAGUAUUCAACGCGAAUUACCAUCAUUAAAACUUAAUUUAUUCACUGAUCGAAAAUCAAAUUCAUUACGUUCAUUAAUUGCAUCACAAAAUACUGGUAUUGAUGAUAGUGCUUAUUAUUUCUAUAUGUUAUUUACUGAUUUUUUAAGACAAAUUCCUCAAAGAAAAGAAGCAAAAGAUACUAUGUUGGAUAAAUGUAAAAUCUGUUAUAGAAAUAAUAAAACACAACUUAAAUGUAUUGAAUUAUUUGGUAAUACUUAUACACAAGAUAAAGCAAUUGAUUGGUAUACGGAAGAUUCAUUUGUAUAUCGUUUAGUAAAUCUUGCAUUUCGUACUGAAGAUAUAACAUUAUGGUAUUUAUUUCGUUACUAUAUUACUGAUUUAUGUAAACAAUUAGAAGAUACUCAUAAACAACAAAAUUGCCAAUCAGUUCUAAAACUCUAUCGUGGUCAAACUCAUCUACCAAAAGAAGAGUUAGAAAAUUUAAAAUCAAAUAAAGGUAAUUUAAUAUCAACAAA